CCCAAUCAGGGCUCUGGUGCACUGGCCUGGGGGCGUGCGGUCCGUCGUGCAGACCCCGCCUCCCUGGAAAUAAAAUAUAUUUUUUAAGAAAUAAUUUCAGAAAGAAAAUAAAAUAAAAACUGGUGAAACACAGGAGGCAACACAUCAACGAAAUAAAUUGUGUAAAAUUAAAUCGUGAUGCAACGUGCUAAUUCCAGGUGUGUUUACACUGUCAAAGGUGCAGCUCAGGAAGUAUUAUGCAUAUGAGAAAUGACAAUCAGAACACAAGGUAAGUUGGUUAUUACAAAUUAGUGGUGUGAGAGAGUCAAUAUGCAUAUGGGACAGAAUGUAAAAAGGACAAAUCCAGACAGAGAAAGUGGAGAUUGUGACAUUCAUGAUUUUUUAUUGGUAUUGUUUAAAUAAAAUUAUAGUGAGUUGAAUUAUUGAAUAGUGUCACUCUUAAUUUUCCAAGUCUGAUGUGUUGGUCCGGAGAUGGUAACGGGCCGAGUUCCCUCCGCUCUCUAUCCUGCAUACAGGUUCAGGUGAAUAAUGAGGUGAGGAGAUGGUAAUGAAAAUGAGUAGGGAUGAUGAUGAUGAUGAUGAUGAUGAUGAUACAACACGUCAAGCUCGGCCUUCCCAAUGUGAAUUUAAGAGGUAAGUGAUACAUUUGAAAUUGGUAAAAGUCCAUGGUGCCGUAUGAGUUAUGUAUAAGGUUGUAAUAACAUGUUGAAUAACUAUGAUGUAAUGUGUUGUGAAUUAUCUUGUGUGUGAUGUGCUGUAAUUAAUCUAUGUGUCAUGUAGGUCUGAAAUUAAGUUGUCCAGCUCCCCUAGCCAGUGGGAGAAGAUAGCACUGGCUGUCUCUGUAGUCCACUGUAUGUUGUCAGUUUGUGUUAUGAAAUCCUGGUCCGGGAAAGCUGAGAAAUGUGUAUAGUGUUUUAUUAUGUGAUUAUUGAUUAUUGCCAGAUUGUGCUGUUCUAUUGCUGGUAGAUGUGGUGAAUGGUUGAUAAUAGGAACGAUUAUGGAAGCAUUAGGGAAGGCCGAGCAAGCCUUGUUGACCACAGUUCUGAGCUGUUUCACAGAGGUGUUGUGGGGAUCCUGAGCCCUGUUAUUUAGGCCCACCGAGAGGAUCAGCACUUUUGGGUUUCUGUUAAUUGGUGUUUUUUCCAGAAUCUUCCAGAAAUGAUAGAAGGAGGCUCCCGGGUAGCUGUCAGCCUGGACAAAAGGGUGGUUAAAUUUGGGGAUUCUGUGUAUGUUUGAAUCCCCCAGUAUGGCAAUUGGUUUAUUAAUUUUGAAUUCCCAGUCCCGCAGCUUGCGGUUGUCUCUGGCCUGAUGGUAAGUGGGGUCAGAGGCUGUGUCUGCGCAUGCGCCCGCGCCCCGGUGGGGAGAGCCCCUCGGCUCGGUACGUCUCCCCGGCAGGUGUAUUUUUGGAAUGGAUUCUGUGUUACACCGGGGAGCCGCCUCUGCCUCAGUGGGUGCGCUCUCCCCACCCUGAUGUGAUCUGGGCGCGGGCGCCGGGAGAUGGAAGGUGCCGUUUAAUACUGACCCCAGGCCAGACUCUGCAUGAACGCAGGCUGACAGCAGUCCUCGGGAGCCAUGGCAUUCACCGUCCUCUGGGGGCAGCGCCUGUGGGGGGAAGUAGGAGGCACACCAAGAGGAGCAAGGCGAUGAUGAGGGACACCAUCGCCAUUGCAGUCCCGGGGCCCAGCGCUUCCCAGACUGCAGCGGAGCCCCUGCCUGCCCCACGGACUGUGCUGCAGCAGCCUGAGCAGCCAGACCAGCCCCUCCAGCACCGCCUGCCUGCGGACGCUUCUGGUCUGGCUGCCACCAUCAGAGGGCCGCUGGCCCCGGAGCUAUACGACCUCAUCGUCGCCAGCUCCUCAACUGCCACCACCUCCUCCUCCUCCUCCUCCUCAGCCACCCCACAAGCCUCCACCAGUGUCAGCGCGGACGCCGUCCGUCCACCAGUGCCAGCGCAGACGCCGUCCCGUCCGCCAGCGCAGAGGCAGGUGUCACCCCCUCCACAGCCACAGCUGCCACUGCUCCACCAGUGCCUAGAAACACUGCCUGGAGGCGCAAGCUCCAGGAGGAGAAAGAGCGUCGUGCCCGGGAGCUGGGAGAAUAUAUGAAACCAGCAAAGAAGGUCUCCCACUUCAACUGCAGGCACUGUGGCCAACCAAAGACGCGGGCGUUUGGCCACAGCCGCUACAAGACGGAGACCUUCUGCUCCCGGGCCGACGGGAAAGGGAGAACUGUGGAGCAGUGGCUGGCAGAGGUGAAGGGGCGUGAUGGUGCAGCCCCCCCUCCCUGAGCGAACACUUUGUGUGUGUGUGUGUGUGUGAGUGUGUGAUGGGGCAGCUCCCCCUCCCUGAGCGAACACUUUGUGUGUGUGUGUGUGUGUGAGUGUGUGUGAUGGGGCAGCUCCCCCUCCCUGAGCGAACACUUUGUGUGUGUGUGUGUGAGUGUGUGUGAUGGGGCAGCUCCCCCUCCCUGAGCGAACACUUUGUUUGUGUGUGUGUGUGUUUGGGAGGGAGGGAUUUGUAAAUAUUGUGUAUAUAGUGUAUUUAGUUAGUCAGUUGUGUUUGUUAAAUUAAUAUUAUGUAUAUAGUUGUCAUAUAUAAGUUAUACCUUUUUAUUUGUCCCACAAUGGGCAAAUUCCAAUAUCUAUAUAGUUGUAUAUAGUUGUCUUAAUUGUUUUAGUUUAAAUAAACUUUUCUUUUUUUAAA